AAAAGGGGUUGGGCAGGUAACAACACUGGUUUAGACGUGGCUGCUGAUUUCGUUUUCGACGUCCGUAAACUUCGUGCGUUUUUCAGCUGCGAAAACAAGUUACCUUCGGAUCGAGCUUUCAGAGCGAUCUGAGCUGAAAAUAUCAGCCCUAUCACCAUGAUGGAAGAAGCGGCAGACGAUGCUAACGGGGAUUCGACGUUCGAAUUCGUCGCCGUCAAAGACGCUUCAGUGCACUCUGACAGCACUGAGCCGAAGCCAGAUGACAAUGCAGCAGGAAGUGUGGAGAAGACACAGCAGACAGCGGGAAGCGCAGAGAAGACACAGCAGAAAGCAGCCCCGUCGAGCCCACCAGUGGUGACGACGGUGCCGACGUCUUUCCAACCGGCAAUGCCCCCUCAGACGUUGACCCAGAGUCAGGCACCUCUGCGGCCAUCACCGUUCCAGCACACCCAGGUGUCAAGUGCCUAUUCCUCAGCUGGCAUGCAUCCACAACAGGGUGCAACAGCAGCAGUGACAGCCCCAGUGGCUGGAUCUUAUGCAUCUCAGUUUCCACCACCCAUGCAGUCUGUCUAUCAGCCACCACCAGUGGGAGCACAGCACCAAUCACAACCACCACCACUGCCACCACAACAGUAUUACACAAGCCAACCUAGCCAUUCCUACCCUGCAUACCCUGGUUCAGGAGAUCAGUCCUUUUCAGUCUCCCUACCUACGGACUACGACCAGAACCUUCCACAGUCACCAUCUGGCAAUAGUGGCAUGUGGGGUUGGUUUAAGGGCAAUGAUUUCCUGAAUAAGGUCGCAGAGAAAGCUAAGAACUCGGUUGACUCGGUGAUCACCACAUUAGACCCAGGAAUGAAAGAAUUCAUCUAUUCUGGUGGUGACAUUGACAUUCUUGUUGCCUCCCACGAUGACCUCCGCAUCAUUGGCCCUGUCCGCGAGGCAUUCCAAAAGGUUUUUGGAAGGGCUACAGUUACAGGUGUUACCAUGCCCCCAUCCAACAUGGCACCCCAGCCUGUUGGAUUUGCGGCUGGCCUGAAAGCAGCCGAAGACAAGAUCACAUCACUCCAGAUGAGAGGCCGUGUGCCCGCCGCCCUACCAAUCUUGGCUGUUGAGAGCUUCAUUGUAGAACUUACACCAGAUAGCUGGUUUGACAUGCACUGCCUCGUACUAAAGGAUGACUCCAGCGGGGUGUUCCUGCAUACAUUCGGCCAACCAACGCCUGUACCAGCAGAGUUCAUUGCGGAGAUACAGGACAGGACACCAGCAGACUACCCGCUUCGUUGGUGUGGCCUAGCGGUCACUGUUGGGGAAGUGGCGAGCCCUCGUCUCGUUGUGCCACAGUCGGAGUGGAGAGCCGUGCUUGGUGGCAUUUCUGACGCACAGUUGGUUAGCUCUGCCGCUUGUGCCCUGGCUUCCAUGUACAGAAGGGCGUUACGCCGGUGACGUUGAAGUUGGAACUUCCGCCUGCUUGUCUCAGUGUCGGCUUGUAUAAAGAGUUGCUUUGCAUCCGA